UUAUAAUAUUAUCAUUAUUUAUUGUUAUUAUUGUGAUUUCGCGCCAAUUUGUUAGCCACACAUAGCAAUAUAGCAUGCGCACAAUGAAUAAUGAUCAAUAUUUCUUUAGUCUGUGAUGCAUUGCUGUCUCAGCAUUCAGUUCAGUAUUUCAGUUUUAACUUUUAGUUUAUAGGUUAAUAGCCUAUUAUUUUAACUUACCAUAAUUGCUACUCGUCUACAGUUACUUAAACUGAACUGCAGAGAACAAUGGUCAAUUAACGUCAGUCAAAUUUCUUUUAUCAUAACUUGUAUAGAUUUGUAUACCUACUACAAUUUCACCGGCAUUCGUCUUAUGUAAAUCCUGUUCAAAGAUAACAAUUCUGCUGUCUCGUUGUCGUCUAGGCUAAUUUAACAAAAUGACAAAGUCUGCUAUGAGGGGUGCAUUAAUUGUUUUAGAAGGCUGUGAUAGAUCAGGAAAAACAACCCAAUGUGCAAAAUUAGUUGAAGUUUUAAAUAGUAUGAAAAUACCAGCAAAAAAGAUAUCUUUUCCAGAUCGAUCUACUCCUAUUGGUUCAUUGAUCAACGAUUAUUUAUCAAGAAAAAUAGAGUUACCAGAUAGAUCAGUUCAUUUAUUAUUCAGUGCUAAUCGUUGGGAACUAGAACCAGAAAUUCGUAAACAAAUUGAGUCUGGUGUAACAUUGAUUGUGGAUCGGUACUCAUAUUCUGGUGUAGUUUUUACCAGUGCCAAACAAUGUGCAGAUUUUAAAUGGUGUUGUGGACCAGAAAAUGGUUUACCUAAGCCAGAUAUAGUGAUGUUUUUAAAAUUAUCAACUAGUGAAAUGGCCAAACGAUCUGGUUUCGGUGAUGAAAGAUAUGAAAAUAUUGAAUUUCAAAAUAGAGUUGAUGUUAAUUAUGAUAAAUUUAAAAAUGAUAAUUUUAUUCAAGUAGAUGCAGCUCAAGACGUGUCUAUCUUAACAAGCACUCUUCUGGAACAAGUUUUAAAAACUAUAGAAACUGUUAAGAACCACGAUUUAGACGAUUUAGUUUUACAAUAGAAUAAAGUUACCAAUGCUAAUAAUAUUACUAUGGUUAAAGUUUUACAUUAAAAAUCAAAUUCUUAGUUUA